UCACUUUGUUCCUGGCUGCGCCUGCGUGGGCACAAUUCAUGAUGUCGUCUCGACUCUUGAAUGCCAAACUGUAGCCUCAAAGUCGUCCAACUCACCAACAACCAAGGGUGGCCUUGUGAUAGUCGAUCAUCCAGAUUGAAGACCCAAACCAUCGCCCACUAUGGGCGUCCUACACCUGGAUAAGAAGCAGGACACACAAAUUUCGCGCUCUGAGGUGUUUAUUUCGCGUCCAUGUGCAUCAAAGGAAAUAUUGGUCAUCCGUAUGCGCUCAUCCUUUUUGUUAUUCCUACUCUAUGUUCUUAUGUUGUACGUUAAAACGCACAACCAUUACCUACCAGACGACCGUGAGAAGCGAAGGACGCGCAUACACCUUUCGAGAAGUGUAUGGGCGCAGAUGGGGGAAACCUCUUGUGUCUUAUUCGUUUCUUAUUUUCAUGCAACAAACCACAUCUACAGUGUCGCACUGGCGUACAUCACUAACGGGGUGCAAUGCCCAUUACCCCUUAUCUCAAUAAACCUCUAGUAUGACCAUGCCAAAAUCAUAGCAGAGAAUUUUACUUGCGACAGAUCAACUAUGAUUCUGCAGGCGCGUACACAGAUCUCGUCCAUCCCCAGAUUACCAUAACUACUCGCAGGCCUAUCUAAUACCUACUUCGGCUUGAAAUCAACGACCAAUCUAGUAAUGAUGACUUACUUUCUGGAGGAUUUGUAUACAUUAGUAGCAAUGUGUUUGCAAUUCCUAGAAUAUAAUUACAGUAGUACCUAAGAAACGUUUGCUC